CUCUGCUCAUUAGCUCGGGACAGAAAACAGCUCUGAGUGGCGCAUACCGCGCGUAAUGAGCUGCUGGAGAACAAUACGGGGCUCGCUGGAUACUUGACAAACACUCCUGCUCACAUUAGAGCCCGUCUGCGUGUGAAUAACGCGGUGAGUAACACCGGGGACUCCGCUCUUUAACAAACAGUUCAACUGUCACAGGUGAGCGCUGCGCCCCGUGACUCAGACCUGUUCCCUUUUCACAAGUUUCAAAACAUUUACGCGUGGAGCCGUGGGCUGAGUCCAGUUACAUCAUCAGCGACGGGCAUAAAAAAGAAGAAAAGAAAAGAGAGCGCACACAGCAGCGGGGGGAGGACGCAAACAUGAAACCUGGAGAGGAAGCCUUUCUGCUCACUGUGGAGCCCCGAGCCGAAGCGAUGGACGCGAAUCUGCGCAGAGACGCGAAGAAGCCCAGGACGCUCCGCUGCAGCAUAAAGCUGUUCGUGCUCUGCCACGGCCUCCUGCAGUUGUCCCAGCUGCUGUACAGCGCCUACUUCAAGAGCACCAUCAGCACAAUCGAGAGACGCUACGGCCUCAGCAGCUACUCCUCGGGAACCAUUUCCUCUCUGCACGAGAUCAGUAACAGCAUACUGAUUGUGUUCGUGAGCUACUUUGGGAAUCGGGUCCACCGUCCUCGCAUCAUCGGCGUCGGUGGACUGCUGAUGGCCAUCAGUGCCAUGAUGCUGACUUUGCCUCACUUCCUGUCUCAGCCGUAUGAAUACGGCUCUGUUUUACAUAAUCGCCACGAAAUGUGCAACCUGCAGAGCACCUCAAACAGCACACAGUCGUGCAACCGUGAUGAAACGAGACGUCUGACCGACACCAACAACCUGUGGCUGCUCAUGGCCAGCGCUCAGCUGCUCUUUGGUGUCGGAUCAGUGCCCAUCCAGCCCUAUGGGAUUUCCUACAUUGAUGAUUUUGCUGGGCCUGCAAAUUCCCCUCUCUACAUAGCCAUCCUGUUUGCAGUUUCUGUAUUCGGGCCUGCCAUCGGCUACCUGCUGGGCUCAGUCAUGCUGCGGGUCUAUGUGGACGUGAACAAAAAAGAUUUGGGAGAAGCUGCGCUCCAACUCAGACCCGACGAUCCUCGCUGGAUCGGUGCCUGGUGGAUGGGCCUGCUCAUCUCUACCGGCUGCCUUGUUCUCACCUCUAUCCCCUACUUCUUCUUCCCGCGUACCAUGGCUUCACAAGACCACGGAGAAAAAAACGAUGGAGAAAGAUCUAUGACAGAGGGGGCAGGAGAAGAAGAUAAGAAAUUAUUUUCAGAGGUGACUCGAAGUGAGUCUGGCUCAGAAGAUGAGGGCUCUUUGCUGGGCUUCCUGAAGAGUUUUCCCAAAAAGUUUGUCGACCUCUUGCUGAGCCCUCUUUUCCUGAUCCUUGUCCUGGCCCAGUGCUGCUUCUCGUCGGUUAUUGCAGGGCUUGCUACGUUCCUUAACAAGUAUCUGGAGCGACAGUAUGCAACUACAGCCGUAUAUGCCAACCUGCUCUUUGGUUCUGUGAACCUACCGUCUGUGGCUGUGGGGAUGCUGGCUGGCGGGGUCAUCAUGAAAAGGGUGGGUCUCUCUCUGAAGGCCAUCCCACGUUUCUCUGUGGUGAUGCUGACCAUCUCCACCCUCUUCUACAUCCCUCUGUUCUGGAUGGGGUGUUCAACACAGAAGGUUUCAGAGGUCAAUCAUUUCCAGAACAGCCAGUCUUGGUCUCCACCCAGCUGCUAUUCAAACUGCAACUGUCCUAACAGCACCUUUAAUCCCGUGUGCAGCUAUGACGGCAUUGAGUACAUCUCUCCGUGCCACGCUGGCUGCACGAACUUCACCAAAGACCCCGACAACACCCACAGGAUUCGGGAGUAUACCAACUGCAGCUGCACUGCCAGCACUAAGGCCAAACCAGGUCCUUGUGAGAAUGGCUGCUCUCAUUUUCUUCACCCUGUCAUAAUCGUCAUCGCUCUAGCAUCCCUCAUCGCCUGCCUAACGCACAACCCCAUGUACAUGAUGGUGCUCAGAUCUGUUCCUUCUGAUGAGAAGUCAUUUGCCAUAGGAAUUCAGUUUCUACUCAUGAGACUGCUAGCUUGGCUCCCGGCCCCUGCUCUCUUUGGGAUGGCCAUCGACACAUCGUGCCUCAGGUGGAGAACUGUAUGCGAAAAGAAGUUUAGCUGUGGUUACUAUGACAACAACAUGUUGAGGAACCGGUAUCUGGGCUUACAGGUGGGUUAUAAGGUCAUGGGCAUCGUCCUGCUGAUGAUUCUCGGGUGGAAGGCGCACCGGACCGAGGAGUACAGUCUGGCAGAUGACAAGAAGGACCACUCUGAUUGUCCGGCUGGGAAGCAGGGUGAUCCAAACCUUUUAAAGCUUUGCUGCGGUGUUAAACGCUGAGUAAAGCUUUCAGUGGAAGGAAUCCAUAGUCAAGAUGGGCCAGCACUGUGACCUCAAUUUCUUUAGGCCCAUUCCUCCUAUCCAGUUCUUCAAUGGUUGGACAGAGGAUAUCCAUUUUCCACAGGGGAAUAUUCUCUAUGUUUCUGGAUGCAUUUUGAUUGGAGUAAUUCAGACGUUAUGACCAGCAGAGCAUACGUUAAAGCACAUCGUUUGUAAAUGGUAAAUGGCCUGUAUUUGUAUAGCGCUUUACUAGUCCCUAAGG